UGCUACCGUUCGCUCCUCAAGACGAGCCCUGGGACCAAGAAAUGGAGGUGUUUGGCGGCAGCGCAAGCAGCAGCGAGUGGAACUGGGGGAUACGCCAGGUGCCCGCGCCUGGCUCCACAUGUCUCUCUUUCUCCGCUGCGCCAAGUGUGCUAGCUGCCAAUUUGAGGGACAGCUGCUGACUCCAGCUCUCUAUUGAACACCGGGUGCUUUAGGAACCCAGCGCAACAGAAACAGCAAGGUGACGAACUCUGGGGACAUUUACACAUAGGGAUGAAUGCUCCUUAGUUACUUUUCUCAUUUCUUUGUGGCUUGUUGUGGUUCUUUGUAACAACCUAAGUGGAGAUUAACUGGAGGCAAGGUUUCUUUAUCUACACUCAGGUGAUGUUCUGCAGCCUCCUUGGCGGUCUCCUGAAUUCUACCGCCCUCUUCCGCCCCUUCUCCCUUUGCCCAACUGCUGUCCCCGCCCCGUUGGUCAGUGAAAGAACAGGCAAAGUAAACUCCAGCCCUUAUGAGAGGAAUCUUUGGAUAAAUGAAGAGGGGUUUGUUUCUUCUUGGAAUGUUUCAUACUUGCAAGAAUUUUCUAGAAGAUUACUCAAGGGAAGAGGAAUUUUGUUUAAUUUGUUAUGUUUUAGGUAUUAUAGAGAUUUAACAAUGGGUCUCUCUACCUCAGCAAUUUGGAAAAAUACUGGAGUGGAAAUUGUUAAUCCCUAUGAAGUAAAACGAAAGGUGAAGGUGAAUGGUCUUAAAAUGGUUGAUGAGCCAAUGGAAGAGGGAGAAGCAGAUUCUUGCCAAGAUGAAGGAGUUGUUAAAGAAAUCCCUAUUACUCAUCAUGUUAAGGAAGGAUAUGAGAAAGCAGAUCCUGCACAAUUUGAGUUGCUCAAAGUUCUUGGUCAGGGAUCCUUUGGAAAGGUAUUUCUCGUUAGAAAGAAGACCGGUCCUGAUGCUGGACAACUCUAUGCAAUGAAGGUGUUAAAAAAAGCUUCUUUAAAAGUUCGAGACAGAAUUCGGACAAAGAUGGAGAGGGAUAUACUGGUGGAAGUAAAUCAUCCAUUUAUUGUCAAAUUGCACUAUGCCUUUCAGACUGAAGGGAAGCUGUAUUUAAUAUUGGAUUUUCUCAGGGGAGGAGAUGUCUUCACAAGAUUAUCCAAAGAGGUUCUGUUUACAGAGGAAGAUGUGAAAUUCUACCUUGCAGAACUAGCCCUUGCUUUGGAUCAUCUGCAUCGAUUAGGAAUUGUAUAUAGAGACCUGAAGCCAGAAAACAUUUUGCUUGAUGAAAUAGGACAUAUCAAGUUAACAGAUUUUGGACUCAGCAAGGAAUCAGUAGAUCAAGAGAAGAAGGCCUACUCAUUUUGUGGUACAGUGGAGUAUAUGGCUCCUGAAGUAGUAAAUAGGAGAGGUCAUUCCCAAAGUGCUGAUUGGUGGUCAUAUGGUGUACUUAUGUUUGAAAUGCUUACUGGUACUCUGCCAUUUCAAGGUAAAGACAGAAAUGAGACCAUGAAUAUGAUAUUAAAAGCAAAACUUGGAAUGCCUCAGUUUCUUAGUGCUGAAGCACAAAGUCUUCUAAGGAUGCUAUUCAAAAGGAAUCCAGCAAAUAGAUUGGGUUCAGAAGGAGUUGAUGAAAUCAAAAGACAUCUUUUUUUUGCAAAUAUUGACUGGAAUAUCAUUGACAAAAUUAAGAGAGAUCUUUCAGAAGAAAUUGAAAUUUUAAUGCACUAUGGACAACACCCCAACAUUAUCACUUUAAAGGAUGUUUAUGAUGAUGGUAGAUAUGUUUACCUUGUUACGGAUUUGAUGAAAGGAGGAGAGCUACUUGACCGUAUUCUCAAACAAAAAUGUUUUUCAGAACGGGAAGCUAGGGAUGUACUGUUUAUAAUAACUAAGACAGUUGACUAUCUUCAUUGUCAAGGAGUUGUUCAUCGUGAUCUUAAACCUAGUAAUAUUUUAUACAUGGAUGAAUCAGCCAAUGCAGACUCCAUUAGGAUCUGUGAUUUUGGGUUUGCAAAACAACUUCGAGGAGAAAAUGGACUUCUCUUAACUCCAUGCUACACUGCAAACUUUGUAGCACCUGAGGUUCUUAUGCAACAAGGCUAUGAUGCUGCUUGUGAUAUUUGGAGUCUGGGAGUCCUUUUUUAUACAAUGUUGGCUGGCUACACUCCCUUUGCUAAUGGGCCCAAUGAUACUCCUGAAGAGAUAUUGCUGCGUAUAGGUAAUGGAAAGUUCUCUUUGAGUGGUGGAAACUGGGACAGUAUUUCAGAUGGAGCAAAG